GAAUGGUGGUAAUGGUAAUAGUGGUGGUAGGAAUGGUGGUAAUGGUAAUAGUGGUGGUAGGAAUGGUGGUAAUAGUAAUAGUGGUAGGAAUGGUGGUAAUAGUAAUAGUGGUGUUAGGAAUGGUAGUAAUAGUAAUAAUGGUGGUAGUAAUAGUGGCGGCAGGAAUGGUAGUGGUAGAAAUGGUGGUAAUAGUCAUAGUGGUGGUAGGAAUGGUGGUAAUAGUCAUAGUGGCGGUAGGAAUGGUGGUAAUAGUAAUAGUGGUGGUAGGAAUGGUGGUAAUAGUAAUAGCGGUGGUAGGAAUGGUGGUAAUAGUAAUAGUGGUGGUAGGAAUGGUGGUAAUGGUAAUAGUGGUGGUAGGAAUGGUGGUAAUAGUAAUAGUGGUAGGAAUGGUGGUAAUAGUAAUAGUGGUGUUAGGAAUGGUAGUAAUAGUAAUAAUGGUGGUAGUAAUAGUGGCGGCAGGAAUGGUAGUGGUAGAAAUGGUGGUAAUAGUCAUAGUGGCAGUAGGAAUGGUGGUAAUAGUCAUAGUGGUGGUAGGAAUGGUGGUAAUAGCAAUAGUGGUGGUAGGAAUGGUGGUAAUGGUAAUAGUGGUGGUAGGAAUGGUGGAAUGGUGGUAAUAGUAAUAAUGGUGGUAGUAAUAGUGGUGGUAGGAAUUGUAGUGGUAGAAAUGGUGGUAAUAGUAAUAAUGGUGGUAGGAAUGGUGGUAAUAGUCAUAGUGGUGAAUGGUAGUGGUAGAAAUGGUGGUAAUAGUCAUAGUGGUGGUAGGAAUGGUGGUAAUAGUCAUAGUGGCGGUAGGAAUGGUGGUAAUAGUAAUAGUGGUGGUAGGAAUGGUGGUAAUAGUAAUAGCGGUGGUAGGAAUGGUGGUAAUAGUAAUAGUGGUGGUAGGAAUGGUGGUAAUGGUAAUAGUGGUGGUAGGAAUGGUAGUGGUAGGAAUGGUAGUAAUAGUAAUAGUGGUGUUAGGAAUGGUGGUAAUAGUGGUGUUAGGAAUGGUGGUAAUAGUAAUGGGGUGGUAGGAAUGGUG